AAACGGGAAUGUCUCAGAAGAAUGCACCGACUAUUCGAGCUGCUCGGUGACUUGCGGACAGUGUAUCCUAACCCGUAAUUGUACGCCCGGACCAGAUAACUCGAGCUCAUGUAGCGGGAUGGAAACACAGAUAGUUGAACUGCCUCCUUGCGCAACAGUAUUGUUUCGACUCAAUGCCGGAGGUGCUAGGACAGACAUCUAUAAUGGGUGGGUUUCUGGUGAUGGAACAACAUCUAAUACUUCUUGUAUUAACACAGCCUGCCCCCAAAACUACCGAUACGCUUAUUUGGGCUAUUGGACGUCUCUCCUUCCAGAAACGGUCAGCAUAACACUGCUGAAAAAUGGCAAUGUUGUACAGUUCAUCACUUUUGACGGUAUUGGAUCUACAAUCACAGACUGGUUUACCGAAGCGCGCGUUAUCGCCACCAGCUGGUCAACUCUAGGUGAUGGCUCUUCUUUCUAUUUUGGGCCCGGUGAUUCCCCUUUCAAGGUAGAUUUAGCUGAUGUGUGCUUGAACCCUCAAACAACUUAUCUAAGAGUAUUCGAAGUUGAUAACUCUGCGUGCACAUUUCAACUUCCUGCUGACAAACCUGUAAUUGUGUAUCACCCUCUGAGUUGCAAGGCACCAGUUGACAAUACACCGGAAACAAUGGCAUUUGCGGACACCAUGGUCAUUACCUUCAAACAUUAAUAAACAAUCCGAGUUGAAUACGAAAUAGUUUGUAAGGAAAGAAAGUUGUGAGCUACAUAUGUCAACUUUUUAAAGUGACUCGUUCAAGGGUCAGACAUCCAACAACGUAAUUGCAUCUAAAAUACUAACAAAGUGCUUGUAGCAAUGAUAAAACAUCACCAAAAGCUUAACAAAAACCCUAUUCUGCUAUUGUUAACAGAUUUCUAAAACAUAUGACAAACUAUUCUUUAUUUUGACGAAAAUCGUUAGUAACGCUGUUGAACAUUGAAUGAUUUUAGACUCGGAUGAAAAAAAUUAGUUUCAAGUGAGUAUCUGCAAUUUAAUAUUUGGUGUUAUUUCAUAAUAGUAAGGAAUAAACUUCAAUUUGAACAAUUGAAAAGAGAGAUGUUGAAAACGUACAACCUUUAACCAAGUCCAUUUAACGUAUUAACGUAACUCUGGGACAAAUAGGUACGCUUUGAACACCAUUUAAUAACUUUUAAAAUAACUAUUAUAUCUGAAUUUGCUCACAAUCUUGUCACCAUUUUUUAAAUACUUAUCCAGCUGAUUUGUUUACAUCCAGUAUGACUGUCCAUACACAGUAACUGUAUUACGCUAUUAUAUAUUAUGGGUGAGAUUUGUCUUAAUACCUUCUAUUAGUAUUUGAUUGAUUGUCCAUGCACAGUAACUGUAUUACGCUAUUAUAUAUUAUGGGUGAGAUUUGUCUUAAUAUCUUCUAUUAGUAUUUGAUUGAUUGUCCAUGCACAGUAACUGUAUUACGCUAUUAUAUAUUAUGGGUGAGAUUUGUCUUAAUAUCUUCUAUUAGUAUUUGAUUGAUUGUCCAUGCACAGUAACUGUAUUACGCUAUUAUAUAUUAUGGGUGAGAUUUGGUUUAAUAUAUUUUAUUAGUAUUUGAUUGAUUGUCCAUGCUCAUUUACUGUAAUCCGCUUUUAUAUAUUCCGGGUGAGAUUUGGCUUAAUAUCUUUUAUUAGUAUUUGAUUGAUUGUCCAUGCAAGUUACUUUAUUCUCUUAUUGAAUAUUCAUGGUGAGCUUUGGUUUAAUGUUUUUUAUUAGUAUUUGAUUGACUGUCCAUGCAAGUAACUGUUUUCUCUUAUUAUAUAUUCCGGGUGAGAUUUGGCUAAAUAUGUUUUAUUAGUAUUUGUUUGAAUGUUCAUGCAAGUUACUGUGUUCCGUGAUUUUAUAUUCCGGGUGAGAUUUGGCUUAAUAUCUUUUAUUAGUAUUUGAUUGACUGUCCUUGCAAGUAACUGUUUUCUCUUAUUAUAUAUUCCGGGUGAGAUUUGACUUAAUAUUAGUUAUAAGUAUUUGAUUGAUUGUCCUAGCACAGUUUCUGUAUUCCACUAUUGUAUGUGCUUUAUGAGAGAGAGCAUUAUUUGACUGACAUUUUAUUAGUAUGUGCUUAUCAACGUCGGUUGUGGUUUAACUUAGGAAUCCAUGUAAUUUAAACUACUUAACCAACGAUAAUAUAGAGAGUAAUAAAAAUGUUGAUUUUGAUAAAUAAAAUGACUGUGUACGAUCAUAGUUUUGAAAACAUUUUAAAUCGUUUAAUAAGAGAAAACAAAACUAAAUAAAAUUUGCAUUUUUUUUAUGAAGGUACAAUUUAAUAAUAGGCUGCUAAUAGUCAUGGCUUAUUGUGGGCUGAACACUUUAAGUAGCCUUGUUAUCAUAUUGCGUGCAUACAGUAGCAAUAUGUUUUGUUCAAUUUUAAAGUAUGUUUCUUCAUCAAAAGACCCAAAACACGUUUUAUCUAGUUAAUGUAUUGACCUAAACUUGAAUGUCAUAUACAAAUAUUUAUUUGAUUCUUUUUGGUGAAAUAUCGACAGUGGGCAGUUAAUUAUGUUUCUUUUGUGAUGUUGUGAAGAAUCCGUAUUACUUUCGGGAGUGUAGUAAUAUACGACCUGUACUACAACAUAUUAAUACAAACAUUAAACUAAGUUGAUUUAAGUAUUGUCAUAAGUAGUUUGUUUGUUUUAUUAUGCUAUGGAAACAAUCAUUUUGAUGUCCUUUUUCUAGAAUUAAAACAAAAUACGUUUUCCUAACAGGGACAAAUAUUUCCGAAAGUUUCUGGUUUCAAUAACAGCCUAGGGCUGGCAUGGGAAAUGUUUAAUGACACAAAGCUUUAAGAUAGAGAUAUAAGUUUUACUGGACGAUUGUAAGAUAGUUUCUUUCAUAACUACUUUCAGAUUUAUAGAAUACAAAAAGUGUGUCAAGUUUACUGAUACGGUAUGUUAAAUAAGUGUUUGCAUGUUUCUUUUUUCUCCUAUUUUUUUCAUUCAUAGAUAUUGUUUUUAAAAAUAUUGAAAAACUGAACUGUUUUCAGCUUUAACAACCGUUGUUUUAUCCUUUAUCAAUCAUGUUUAUUAAUACAGAAACAAUCGGUGUCAAUAAUAUCAUGCUUACUGACCAAGACAUGAUAUUUUAAAUGGUGCUUUGUAUAUGUUCUGAAUGUGUUUUUGGAUGAAUAAAUGAACUUUCCUUGAGCAAAGAAUAAAAAAGACAUCAUACAUCGUAUUCAUUAAAUGCUUGUACAUAUUGCUAAUAAAUACUCGCACUCAUA